AUGGAUACGACUCUCCAGGAUCUGAAUGCUCCCCACUCGAUGGGCACCACCAUCAUCGGCGUCACUUACAACGGCGGCGUCAUCCUCGGUGCAGAUUCCCGUACCAGCACCGGAAUGUACGUCGCUAACAGGGCUUCGGACAAGAUUACCCAGCUCACCGACAACGUCUACGUCUGUCGUUCUGGAUCGGCUGCUGAUUCCCAGAUUGUUUCGGACUAUGUACGAUACUUCUUGCAUCAACACACAAUACAACUGGGACAGCCUGCAACAGUGAAAGUUGCUGCAAACCUUGUCCGAUUAAUAUCUUAUGGCAAUAAGAACAUGCUACAAACUGGUCUCAUUAUUGGUGGAUGGGACAAGUAUGAAGGCGGGAAAAUUUAUGGAGUUCCUCUUGGUGGAACAUUGGUAGAGGCACCCUUUGCUAUUGGAGGAUCUGGCUCCAGUUACUUAUAUGGGUUCUUUGAUCAAGUUUGGAAAGAAGGCAUGACCAAAGAGGAAGCUGAGCAAUUAGUGGUGAAGGCAGUUUCCCUUGCCAUAGCAAGAGAUGGCGCUAGUGGCGGUGUUGUUCGCACUGUAGUUAUUAACUCUGAUGGAGUGACGAGAAACUUCUACCCUGGUGACACUCUACCUCUGUGGCAUGAAGAGUUGGAGGCGCAGAACUCGUUGUUGGAUAUACUCAAUGCACAAGGGCAAAGCCCUGAGCCAAUGAACAUCUGA